AUGGCGGGCUCACGCGUCCUCCUGCUGUCGCUCCUCAUUGUGUUGGUCUCCGCGCAAUUCGCGUACGGGCAGAUUCGUCAGAAAGCCUGCCUGCCCAAGGACAAGUGCCCUGACCGAAAGAGCAAGCUCUGCGGUCUCUACGCCACGUGCAGGACCCUUAGAAGCGCUCUUCCCGACCUAUAUACCUGCGACGAAUGCGCUGCCUAUGACCUGAAGAAGAUGCCUCCUAGCGCCUGUAACUACACGACCGGUCGCUGCCUCGCGAACAAAAUCGCUGGCAAGUCCUGCACUGCUAAGACGUUCAACACGGUGUGCGACAAGUCCCAACCCGCGUUCUCGUGCCAGAAGGUCGAAGGCGUUCCUGUCACCAAGAAGUCCCCCCAGGCGUACCGCUGCUGCAGGAACUCUUGCCCCGCUGGACUGUGCGGCAAGGGUGCGAAGCCGAUCCAGUGGAGGAACGAGUGCAAUGUUCUUCUCGACUGCCCCUCUGCUUGCGCUCCUCGUGCUGCGAACGCUGUCUCGGUCACAUUUUUGUAA